AUGGACGUGGUGAAAAGAACAACCUACCACGGUCUUGACUGUUUGGCCGAUGCCAACACGCCUGAAUAUGCAAUGCUCCACAAAGAGCUGUCCAUGAAGAUUGCCUGGGCAAGCCAGGCCAAGUACGGAAAGUAUACUGUGUAUUUUGGGGUGGUGAUAAUAUUUGUUGCUUUGCUAAAGCAUUUGUGGUACCGAUUCAGAGACACAAGAUACAAGAAAAACCAGUCUUCCAGAUUUAUAGUGCCAUUUAUUGACGUUUUUGUAGCGUACUCGCGAUUUUUGGGGUAUAAACAGGUUCCCGAACGGUUGAGUUACUUUACUUCAUUGCCGCAUUCUAUGGGAUCUGCCAUCUUUAUGUUUGUUUCGUCGCUCUACUUGUUGUGCUACUGUUUGGUUCCUCACUUCUGGUAUAGGCCCUGUUUGGGCUUUGGCUCGCCACCUUUGGGUGUGAGAGCUGGCAUCAUGGCCACAGCCUUGACUCCAUUCGUGUACGUGUUGGCUGGUAAGGCUAAUAUGAUCACCUUUCUUACUGGGAUCAGCUACGAAAAGUUGAACCAACACCAUCAGUAUGUUGGAUUGGCCGCUUUUGUACUUUCGAUAAUUCACACUGUUCCUUUCAUCUACAUGAAUGUAAGAGAAGGCGGAACUAGCAGAAUCCGCGAGCAGUUCCAGACCUUCUCCUACUACAGUGGAAUUCCACCUUUGAUCUUGUUGGGGUUUUUGUGUAUUUGUUCAAAAGCUUGGUUCAGAAAAGUUUGCUACGAAGGGUUCCUUCAUCUUCACUGGGUCGCCGGUAUUGGCUACUUUGGAACGCUUAUCUGGCAUAUCGACAAAACAUUGAACUGUGAUGACUACAUGUGGGGUGCAUUAGCAUUCUGGGCUUCUCAAAUACUCUACAGAAUUCUAGUUAAAACUUGUUUCAAGCCAAAUUCAUUGUUUUUGAGACCUAGAGUUGCUAAGUUACAGAAGUUGUGUGAUGGCGCUUACGAGGUUACUGUAGCCAACACUAAGGGUUACGAAUGGGGCCCUGGACAACACUGUUUCUUGAGAUUCACUGGUGCGAGAUUUAUGGAUAAUCAUCCAUUUUCUAUUUCUUCCAUGAUCGACGAAGAUUCAAAGGAAAUGAAGUUCCUUAUCAUUCCAAAGAAGGGUUUGACCAAGGUGAUUUACGACCAGUUGGACGAUAACAUAGCUAGUGAAAGGAAGGUGUUCCUUGACGGUCCAUAUGGUGGAACUCCAAGAGAUUCAACUGCAUUUGAGAGGGCAAUUUUAAUCAGCACUGGAAGUGGUGUCACCGCUACUUUACCAUUCUUGUUGCACUUGUCCCAGGAAAUCAAGAAAGCCAAGGAAUCAGGUACCAGGAUUGUCACAAAGCAUAUUAACUUCAUCUGGGUCAUCAGACACCAGGACAACAUCAGUUGGAUACGUGACGAGUUACUCAAAUGCAAAGAUAUUGCUGGUGACUACAUCUCCAUUGAUAUCUACCCUCUCAAAUUGUCGAAUGAAGCAGACCUCGAAAACAACAUCGAAGUCAACAAUUCGGUGGACUCAUUUGAGCAGUUCAAUUUUCACUACCACAAACCUGCUAUUUCCAGAGUUAUCCAUAGUUUAGCUAACACACUCGACAGAAGGAAUUUGAUUGUGUCAUCAGGAAGCGAAUCCAUGAAGUCUUCAGUCAGCUCUACCGUUUCCAACAUGCAAUCUUUAGUAUUCAACAACGAUGUGAACCAAUCUUGUAUUGAGGAAAUCUACUUGCAUACCGAGUCCUUCGGCUGGUAA